UCAAACCGCGAAAAGGGCAAAAUAACAACGCCACUUUGUGAUUGGCUUUGUUUUCUAUCCGAGACGCUCCAGAAUUGUUUGUCUCAUCCCGCACUAAUUACGCGUUAAAAUGGAUGCAAACACAUCCAUUAGCACGGAACCACCGAUGGAGUGUUCCACCCCGACAAGUGCUGCCGAUUUGGCAAACGAUCAGAAGCGCCGGAGCUCUUCCCGUUCGAUCAAAAGAAAGCGAUUUGAUGAUGAAAUAGUUGAGUUUAGUAUGAGCAGCACACCGAUCCAGCAGAUGAAAGCGGUAGCCGGAAGAUCCCGCACCCUCUCCCAAUCGAUGACGCCACUCGGCGCUGCUGCUGCUGCUGCUCCGGGACAGACUGGUGUGGCAUCACCCGGUCCCGUCACAACCACAAUCGGUUCUCCCACGGCCACCGCAGAACCGAUGCAAACUGUCCCAUCCGUCGCGCCUGCUGCUCUGCCACCAGUAGCUCCACCCGCAACACCGCUUCCACCGCCGACUCCCACUACCGUAACGCUACCACCCCCACCGACACCCAAUCCAGUAACCAGCAUCCUGCAGCAGCUGAACUCGAACGCAUCGGUCAACGAUAAGAAGCGGGCGCUGAAAAACACGAAGCGCACGAAGAAAAAGAGCGCCUCGCAGCAGGUGGCCGCCAAAGAUCUGGGCCGCUGGAAGCCGAUGGACGAUUUGGCCCUCAUUACGGGCAUCCUGCAGACGAACGAUCUGCGCACGGUGCACCGCGGGACCAAGUUUAGCUGCAAGUUCACCAUACAGGAGAUGCAGAUCCGCUGGUGCUCGCUGCUGUACGAGGAGCCGAUCUCGCGCAUCGCCGUGUCCGCCAUGCGCAACAUGCAUCCCGAGCUGGUGGAAAGCGUCCAGAGCAAGGCGCUGUUUUCCGUGCCGGAGGAGGAGCUGCUCGGGACGAUCAAGUCGAACGAGCAGCCGACGCUCGACACGUUCCAGGAGCUGCUGAACAAAAACUCGUCCGUGUUUUACCACUCGCGGACCGCCAAAAGCUUGCUCAACCACUGGCUGCUGAUGAAGCAGUACUCGCUGCUGCCCGACCAGUCGGUCCCGUCGCUGCCGAAGAACGACAACAUACUGAGCUUCUCCGAUGCGGAAGACCUGAUGAACGAUUCCGAGCUGGCCGAGCCGCGGGACGAGUCGCUCGAGACGGAGCUGGCGCUGGCCGACCGGAAGAGCAAGAAGGAGAUCCGGCACCUGGAGAACGAGCUGACCCGGUGGAGCGUGCUGGUCGAUUCGAUAACGGGCAUUGGCUUUUCGCCCGACUUUGAUCAGCAGACGCUGGCCGCGAUCCGGGGCCGCAUGGUGCGGUUUUUGAUGCGCUCGCAGGAGAUUGUGCUCGGCCGGUCGACCAAGGACAGCAUGGUGGAUGUGGACCUGUCGCUCGAGGGACCUGCCUGCAAGGUGUCGCGCAAGCAGGGCUCGAUCAAGCUGCGCAGCAAUGGCGAUUUUUUCAUCACGAACGAAGGCAAGCGGCCCCUGUACAUCGAUGGGAAGCCGCUGCUCUGCGGCCACAAAACGCGGCUCAACGAUAAUUGUGUCAUUGAGAUAUCAAACUUGCGCUUCGUUUUCCUGAUCAACCACGACUUUAUCAACGCGGUACGGCAGGAGAGCGCCAAGAUGAACAUUCCGCUCAACUGAACUGGAAUGUUGAUGCUGUUGCUGUGCGGCAAAACGGCACAGAUUUUAUCCUUAUUAUUUUUCUUUAAACAUUCUAAGCUGCUGCUCACAUCUUUUUGCACUGUAGAUACACGGUGCGAACACGAAUAAAUGCUACAUCAUGUGAAAAAGA